CUUGAGAUGUCUUUCGUAAUUUAUAUCCGCAUUUAUGCAGAAACUAUGAAGAUCGUCAGUGCUUACUUUGCCUACACGGUUUUUCUCAGUUUUUCAAUAGUCGGUGCAAUGGAAGCUGGAAAUUUUGGACUUAAUGGUGGAAUUUCUGGAAGUAAUGGAGGCAACCAUUAUGCUAAUCCAAACUACAAUCCUUUUGAAAUACCUCCAGGUAGCGUAAUUUAUAUAACAAAACCGGGUAUGAAGCAACCUUAUUAUUAUCUUCGUGGGAUACUCGAACCUUAUACAGAACACGAUGCUACAUUCAACACGGACCAUAAGCAUCCAACUGGACAUGCUCUGUUAAUACUUCCUGAUGGCCUAACUUACUUUGCACGUCUCGAAGAACGUUAUGCCAAUACGUUAAAUAUCAGUGUCGAAACUAGGACUCCUUAUUACCGCUGUUUUAUAGCUAGAUCAAAAAUGCGUGGUUUGCAAACUUUACUUCAUCCGCCUGAUCUAAGAAACCCCGAUGGGCUGCCGCUGGUUCAAGUUAUAUCGCCGGGUAAGAAUAUUGUAGGAACGUUAGAAGUUUCACGAUUUCGUGUUACUCAAAGUGGAUUUCUGUCACUUUAAAAAUAUGAUUGCUAAUGAGCAAAUACGUUAAAUUAAAUUACCUGGAAGGAUUCGUCGUUAUAUUUACUGGAAUAAAUACCACAAAAGCGAGAGUGAACUACGCGUAUCAAUGAAAAAGUUCGAGCUACAUGUCCGUGAAGUACGGGACUUAACGCGCGGUAGAUUCAUUUUACAGUAGAAGCGAUGGCAGAGGGUUGGAAUUGUUUUUAAACUACAAGGUGAUGCCUUCAUACGGAGAUCCAGCAUUACAUCACUUUGCAUUUUGAUAACAAUUCGAAUCCUCUUCAAUCACUUCAUCUGAAAAAUAAAGCGACCACGCGCCAGGUCCUUUUUUUCGCUUAAAUAGUUAUUUAUCAGCAUAUCAUUCAGAGUAAUCGGCAAAUCCCAAAAGGCAACUGCUUCAAAGUCACGUGUGCCAUCUUCAGGUAGCUCGAAAUUUUUCUUAAAUAGACGUAGGUUACUCUCGCUUCUAUAGCACUUAUGAAAGGAAACAUAACAAUAAAUAUAGCAAUAUAUAACGAAAAUAUGGCAAUUAUUUAGAAAAUAAAUGAAAUCGUUUACAAUUAUUAAAAAUGUAAAACUCCCCCCGGAGGUUUUUCCACGAAGUAUUUUUCCCAUUCGGGAUGAUCUGGAACAGUGCCGUACGGAUAUAUAUUGUUAUAGUGAUGCGCAUGCAAAUGCAGGAUUUUAUUCGUCAAUUCUUUGAAUAAACAUGAAUUUACUUAACCCAAAUGAUUAAUUAAUAUCCAUGAUCCUAGUUCACUUCUCU